AGCGUUUUUCUUCUUUCUGGGAGAAAGGGCAAUGGCCGCGGCACUUCCCGUCUUCGAAGGGCUUCGAUGCGCCACGACGAGCAGCUCGGCAAGGCUUGAUGGCGUUUCGCUGGGAAUUUCGCAGCCCCGGAGGCUGCGAGUGAUGGCGAACAAGAGAUCUGUAAAGACUAGGCAGAUUAUUUUGUCUGAGGAUGUCGAGUUUCUCGGCAAGACGGGCGAUCUCGUGAGCGUCAGGGCUGGGUAUUUCCGGAAUUUCUUGUUUCCGAAGGGCAAAGCAAAGAUGGCAACACCGGAAUAUCUAAAGGAGCUCAAGCUUGAGGCCGAAAGAAAAGAGAACGAGAAGAGGAAAUUGAGAGAGGAUGCUGAAGCUCUGGCACGGGAACUGCAAAGACUAGGACCUCUCAGCGUGAAGCGUAAGCGUGGAAUGGCCAGGCUGAUUUUCGGAACUGUGACUACCCAGGAUUUGGCCGACAUUAUUGAAUACCGGACGAAGAAGAAAAUCGACAAAAGGAACAUGACCGUCCCCGAAAUCCGAGAGAUUGGAACGUACACAGCCGAGGUCAAGUUGCAUCCCGAAGUAACAACUCAAGUAAAGAUCACCGUGGUGGGAAGCUGAGGCAAAGUUGUGAACUUCUACAUGUAAGUAGAAGCGACUUUGCAAGCGUUCUGACUGUGAGCCUGCAGCAAGGCAAAAGUGGGAGGCUCGAGCUGCGAGACACAGCUCGCCUGUUUCUUCGUUUAUCUUGACGAAAAAGUCGGCUUUUCCUUACGACCCGACUUAUAGGGCUGUGAAAUUCCGAGUUGUGAUGAACCAGCUAUGGUGCUUCAUCCGGGUUUGAAUUGUUCGUGCUUUCCUACUACUUCAUCGUCUUUCAGUGACUCAACUCAAGCUCCUGGCAGGUUCUCGCCGGCUCCGUCUUGUGUGUACGUGAAUUCUCGUCCAGCAGUGAAGCAAGACAACCAUAGCUCGAGUAGCUCGAGAUUGGAAGCUGGCUUGGAGAGAUAUCCUCCUCUUCUGAGGCAAUGCGGAGCAGCAAGAGAUCUCUCGCAAGCCAGGCGGCUGCACGUAGAGAUCAUAGAGAACGGGCUAGACAGGGAGAGGUUUCUGGGAAAUCUCUUGGUACAGGCUUAUGGAAAGUGUGGAAGUCUCCAAGACGCUCGGACAGUCUUCGAUGGCAUGGUGGACAGGAAUCUCUACUCGUGGACACUGCUGAUAGGAGCCUAUGCCCAGAAUGGGUUUCACAGGGAAGCACUGGACUUGUUCUGGGCGAUGGACAGGCAGCCAGACAACGUUACGUUCUUGACAGUACUGUGCUCUUGCUCGAGCUGCGGAGAUGUUGCAGAAGGCCGAGCUCUUCACGAGAGGAUACGAUGCAGCAGAUUUGAGCGAGACACGAUGGUGGGAAACGCACUCAUCAGCAUGUAUGGCAAGUGCGACAGCUUGGUCGACGCCAGAAGCGUUUUCGAGUCGAUGGACUGGCGGCAGAGAAAUGUGGUGUCGUGGAAUGCAAUGAUCGCAGCGUAUGCCCAGAACGGGCAUAGCACUGAAGCUCUGGUUUUGUACUGGAGGAUGAACUUACAGGGGCUGGGGACGGACCACGUUACGUUCGUCAGCGUUCUGGGUGCAUGUUCUUCCUUGGCACAGGGCCGAGAGAUUCACAACAGGGUGUUCUACUCUGGGCUGGAUUCGUUUCAGUCGCUGGCCAAUGCACUGGUGACGAUGUACGCGAGGUUUGGGAGCGUUGGUGACGCGAAGAGGAUGUUCCAGAGCUUACAGACGCGGGACGAGACAUCGUGGAACGCAGUGAUUCUAGCUCACUCUCAAAGCGGGGACUGGAGUGGUGCUCUUCGUAUCUUCAAAGAGAUGAAGUGUGACAUGAAGCCAAACUCCACCACUUACAUCAACGUGAUCUCUGGGUUCUCUACUCCAGAAGUGCUACCGGAAGGCAGGAAGAUUCAUGCUGAGAUCGUCGCAAAUGGUUUCGACUCGGACUUGGUGGUGGCCACGGCACUUAUCAACAUGUAUGGGAAGUGUGGAAGUUCGCAUGAGGCGAGGGAAGUGUUUGACAAGAUGAAGAAGCGAGACAUGGUCUCGUGGAACGUGAUGAUCGGGUGUUACGUCCAGAACGGGGACUUUCAUGAGGCACUGGAACUUUAUCAGAAGCUGGACAUGGAAGGAUUCAAGCGGACCAAAGCAACGUUCGUGAGCAUUCUCGGCGCGUGCUCUAGCGUGAAAGCUCUAGCUCAAGGCAGGCUCGUUCAUUCCCACAUACUGGAGAGAGGCUUGGAUUCGGAGGUUGCUGUGGCUACUGCUCUGGUAAACAUGUACGCGAAGUGUGGGAGUCUGGAGGAGGCGCGGAAAGUUUUCAACGCCAUGAAGAACAGGGACGCGGUUGCCUGGAGCACGCUGAUAGGGGCAUAUGCAAGCAAUGGAUAUGGGAAGGAUGCACGCAGUCUCUACGAGGGAAUGGUCAGGGAGGAACUCAAGCCGGACAAUGUCACCUUUAUGAGCUUGCUUGGAGCUUGCUCGAGCUUCGAGGAGUGCUCCUGGGUGGACUCGGAGAUUGUGAAGAACGGGUUUGGGAAAGACGCGGUGGUUGGAACUACGAUGCUCAACACUUACGGGAAGCACGGGAGAGUCGAAGAGGCGAGGAAAGUAUUCGACAGGCUGGGAUCGCGCGACACCAUCUGCUGGAACGCCAUGAUCACGACUUACGUCCAAAACGGCUGUGCGGUGGCGGCCAUGAAGAUCUUCAGGGAGAUGACCGGCGCCGCUGGCUUGAAGCCCGACGCCGUGACUUUCAUCGCCGUGUUAGAGGCCUGCGCGAGCCUGGGCCGCCUCUCGGAAGUCAAGGCCCUCCACGCGCAGAUAUCCGAGAGCGAGCUGGAAUCCAACGUGGUGGUGACGAACACGCUGAUCAACAUGUACGCGCGCUGCGGGAGCCUGGAGGAGGCCGAGCGGCUGUUCGCGGCGGCCAAGGAGAAGACGGUGGUGUCCUGGACGGCGAUGGUGGCGGCCUUCUCCCAGUAUGGCCGCUACGCGGAGGCGCUGGACCUCUUCCAGGAGAUGGACCUCGAGGGAGUGAAGCCGGACGACGUGACUUACACGAGCAUCCUGUUUGUGUGCACGCACGGCGGCAGCCUGGAGCAGGGGUGGCGCUACUUCACGGACAUGGCGGAGCUCCACGGCCUGGCUCCAACGGCGGACCACUUCGCGGCGAUGGUGGACCUGCUGGGACGAUCCGGGCGGCUCUUCGACGCAAAGGAGCUGCUGGAGAGCAUGCCGUUUGAGCCGGACCCGGUGGCGUGGAUGACGUUCCUGACGGCGUGCCGGAUCCACGGGAAGCUGGAGCUGGGCGAAGCCGCGGCAGAGAGAGUCUACGAGCUGGAUCCGUCGAGCACUGCUCCUUACAUCGCCAUGUCCAACAUCUACGCGGCUCACGGGAUGUGGGAAAAGGUGGCGAGCGUGAGGAAGAAGAUGGAGGAGAGGGGGCUCAAGAAGCUGCCGGGGCUGAGCUUCAUCGAGGUGGACGGGAAGCUCCACGAGUUUAGCUCCGGCGGGAAGUACCAUCCCAGGACGGACGAGAUCUGCGAGGAGCUCACGCGGCUCCACGGGCUGAUGCGCGCGGCGGGCUACGUCCCGGACACCAAGGCGGUGCUUCACGACGUGAGCGAGGGGGAGAAGGAGACGAUGCUGUUGUAUCACAGCGAGAAGAUGGCCAUCGCGUUUGGGCUGGUGAGCUCGCGGGGGAGCGGCGAGCCCAUCCGGGUGGUGAAGAACUUGCGGGUGUGCUCCGACUGCCACACCGCCACCAAGUUUAUCGCCAGGAUCGCUGGUCGGGAUAUCAUCCUCCGGGAUUGCAAUCGAUUCCACCGGUUUAGCAGCGAUGGGAAGUGCUCGUGUGGGGAUUACUGGAGCACUCGCCUGGCUGUGUCCUCAGCCUUCUCUUGGAAAUAUGGCAUCUUCAAGGCGUCUUGCGCCGAGAUCCUCCUCGCCGGAUCAAUCGCUAGCAUCCUCUUGAGCAGCUCCACCGCAUCGGGGUCUUUAAUUCCGCUCCUCGCGUCCUCGGCUUUCCACCGCGCCAUCUUCUCCAAGAUCCUCUUGCGGGCGUGUCCGCAGCCUCCUCGCGGCAGCGAAGUCCGCCAGCUUCACCACAAGCUUAUUCUUCUCUCCAUCCCUUUUGACGAGAACGUUGCUCGUCUUGACGUCUUGGUGAACGAUUCUGUGCGCGUGAAUCCACGCCAGGCCCUCGAGGAUCUGGCGCAUCACGGUCAACCCAAGAAGAUUGACAACGUUGUCGUGCGCUACCUCUUCCAGGAUCUCCGACUCGUUGAUGAUGGCAUCGUAAAGCGCGCUCGUGCGCGGUGUGCCGUGAAGAUCUUCAGGGAGAUGACCGGCGCCGCUGGCUUGAAGCCCGACGCCGUGACUUUCAUCGCCGUGUUGGAGGCCUGCGCGAGCCUGGGCCGCCUCUUGGAAGUCAAGGCCCUCCACGCGCAGAUAUCCGAGAGCGAGCUGGAAUCCAACGUGGUGGUGACGAACACGCUGAUCAACAUGUACGCGCGCUGCGGGAGCCUGGAGGAGGCCGAGCGGCUGUUCGCGGCGGCCAAGGAGAAGACGGUGGUGUCCUGGACGGCGAUGGUGGCGGCCUUCUCCCAGUAUGGCCGCUACGCGGAGGCGCUGGACCUCUUCCAGGAGAUGGACCUCGAGGGAGUGAAGCCGGACGACGUGACUUACACGAGCAUCCUGUUUGUGUGCACGCACGGCGGCAGCCUGGAGCAGGGGUGGCGCUACUUCACGGACAUGGCGGAGCUCCACGGCCUGGCUCCAACGGCGGACCACUUCGCGGCGAUGGUGGACCUGCUGGGACGAUCCGGGCGGCUCUUCGACGCAAAGGAGCUGCUGGAGAGCAUGCCGUUUGAGCCGGACCCGGUGGCGUGGAUGACGUUCCUGACGGCGUGCCGGAUCCACGGGAAGCUGGAGCUGGGCGAAGCCGCGGCAGAGAGAGUCUACGAGCUGGAUCCGUCGAGCACUGCUUCUUACAUCGCCAUGUCCAACAUCUACGCGGCUCACGGGAUGUGGGAAAAGGUGGCGAGCGUGAGGAAGAAGAUGGAGGAGAGGGGGCUCAAGAAGCUGCCGGGGCUGAGCUUCAUCGAGGUGGACGGGAAGCUCCACGAGUUUAGCUCCGGCGGGAAGUACCAUCCCAGGACCGACGAGAUCUGCGAGGAGCUCACGCGGCUCCACGGGCUGAUGCGCGCGGCGGGCUACGUCCCGGACACCAAGGCGGUGCUUCACGACGUGAGCGAGGGGGAGAAGGAGACGAUGCUGUUGUAUCACAGCGAGAAGAUGGCCAUCGCGUUUGGGCUGGUGAGCUCGCGGGGGAGCGGCGAGCCCAUCCGGGUGGUGAAGAACUUGCGGGUGUGCUCCGACUGCCACACCGCCACCAAGUUUAUCGCCAGGAUCGCUGGUCGGGAUAUCAUCGUGCGGGAUUGCAAUCGAUUCCACCUGUUUAGCAGCGAUGGGAAGUGCUCGUGUGGGGAUUACUGGUAGAGAGAGAGAGAGAGAAAGAGAGAGAGAGAGAGUUCCAGCAGCAGCGGCGCCGCCCGCCCCGCCGCCAUGGUUUGGAAGAUAUAGUACUUAAUGUUGGUCGUGCUCGUGUUGUGAAUCUCCCGUGGUGGCGAUCGUUACCACCACCACCACCACAGUAACACAAGUGGUUCAUCGUUUACAGAGGAUUUUCUCUUUUUUCUUGGGAAUACAAAAACUUUAAAUGAAUUUAGCA